CCAUCCAUGGUUAUUUCUUUUCGUGCAUUCCCAAAAAUGCAUGCUUUAGGAUACAACUCCACACACAUUAUCACUUUAGAGCAUAUUCAUGUUCUUUCAUCCUUCAUUUGUUGUUUAGCAUCCAUGUUUAUUUCUUUUCUUGCAUUCCCAUAAUCUUGCUUGAUUCUCUGCCUUCAACAAUUGAAAUAUGGGUUCAUACAUGGUCAAGCACGAUUCUUUGUCAAUCAAGACACCUUUUGAAAUAUUCAUCCGUGGAGAAAGCUUUGACCAACAGAGGAUUGAGGAGAUCUUUAACUGCAAGCAUUUUUCUCCAUCGUGGACAAUUGCCAAGUCCAAGGGGCAAGCUUAGAAGGACAAGAACCAAGAGCAACCUCGAAGAUCAAAAGCUCAAGCACAUCACACUUUAUAUGGCUCUAGCAAUCAAGGGAUUCUCCAAGGAAAGGAAUGCAACUACUCAUUGAACAAUCAUACUUUGAGAGAUCUAGGAGUCAGAUUUUACUAGGAACUUGAAUGUUACCAUGUUGAUGUACUUAGUGUGAUGUACUAGGCUUUUACUUUGUAAUGAAUGACCAUCUUUGUAAUGCAUGUUGAACUACUUGUAAAUGUCUUCUAUGCAGCCCUUGGAGUCUAUGGAAAUCUCAAGGGGUUCAAAGAUAUUUUGCUUCAUCCAAGGCUCCUUAAGGAUUGGAAAUCAACAAUGUGUGAAUCC